GAAGGUGUAAGGAGGGGCGUGCGGCGUUAGGCGGGCUGGAUGGCGGGCACCCGGCUGUGGGAGCUGCAGGCUGUGGACACUGGGCUCAGUGCGGACACCGUGGAGUGGUGCCCGCUGGAGGGCUGUCGGCGCUUGCUGGCCUGCGGCACCUACCAGCUGCGCGGCCCCGAGAGCGCUCCCGAAGGCCCGGGGGAAGAGGUCCCAGUGUUUGAGCAGCCACAAGUUCGUCUUGGCCGCGUCUACCUGUACAGUUUCAGUGAGGACGACUCUGAGUAUCCCCUGGUCGAGGUCCAAAGGCGAAAUACGUCUGGAGUGCUGGACUUGAAAUGGUGCCACAUCCUGGUGGCUGGCUGUGGCGUCUUGGCUGUGGCAGAUGCCAGUGGGUGUGUACAGUUGCUCCGCCUGGUGGUGUCUGAGGAGAGCACACCUUUCCUGGAACCUUGGUCCAGCCUUUCUCUGGGGGAGGAGCGUCUGGCCUUGUCCCUGGAUUGGUCCACAGGGAAGCGUGGAAGGCCCAGUGACCAGCCCUUGAAGAUCAUCAGCAGUGAUUCCAAGGGGCAGCUGCACCUUCUUGUGCUGGAUGAGGCGGGGCCCAGGCUGCAGCAGGUAGCCACAUGGCAGGCCCAUCACUUUGAGGCCUGGGUCGCUGCUUUCAACUACUGGCAGACAGAAGUUGUGUAUUCUGGGGGAGAUGAUGGCUUCCUGAAAGGAUGGGACAUCAGGACCCCUGGCUCAUGUGUCUUCACCAGCUCAAGUCAUACCAUGGGCGUGUGCAGCAUCCAGAGCAGCCUGCAUCAUGAGCACAUCCUGGCCACGGGGAGCUACGAUGAGCACGUGUUCCUGUGGGACACACGGAACAUGAAACGGCCACUGGCAGAUGCUCAUGUGCAUGGUGGGGUAUGGAGGCUCAAGUGGCAUCCAUUCCACCAAGACCUCCUCUUGGCGGCCUGCAUGCACCAAGGAUUUGCGAUCCUCAACUGCCCUGAAGUCACAGGUACUACGGAUUGAAUCCAGGGCCUUUGUACUGAGCUGUCCCUGGGCCUUGAUUGAUUGAUUGAUUGGAACCAGGGCUCGAACUCACAACUUCAUGCUUGCCAGGCAGGUGCUUGUGCGGCUGAGCUAAAUCCCUGCCCUUGUUUUUUAUUUUGCAAUAGGAUCUCACUAAGUACUAAGUUGCUGAGACUAGGCUCAAACUUUUUUUUUUUUUUUUGUCUUUUUCGUUUUUAUCGGUACCAGGGAUCGAACUCACGACUGCCUGCUUGCAAGGCAGGCGCUUAUGCCGCUGAGCUAAAUCCCCAGCCCCUAGGCUCAAACUUUUGAUUGUCCUGCCUCAGCCUUCUGAGUGCUGAGAUUGAACGUUUGUGCUACCCCACCUGACUUGCGCUGGAAAUUUUUUGUUUGUUGUCAGAUUUUCCCACUGUGUGAUGUGUGUGUUUGUGCAGGGAUGUGUAUAUGCAUGUAAAAGCUUUUUAAAAAAAUCUAAUGUAUUAAUUUUGGGGGAUCUUGCUGUGCUGCCCAGACUAAACUCAAACUCCUGGGUUCAAAUGACCUUCCUGCCUCAGCCCCCUGAGUAAUGGGACCAUAUGUGUACUACCAUAUUCUGCUCAAUUUUUUUUUUUCCUGUGCUAGAUAUUGAGCCCAUGGCCUUUUCACAUGCCAGGCAAGUGUUCUACUACUAAGCUAUACUUCAGCCCUAUAAUACUGACCACCAGUUUCUGACUUGGCCCCGCCUGCUCCUUCUUUAUCUCAGCCACAAUUAAGGGACCUUGAGCCCUCAGUCUGGUGGUGCUGACUCCCCCCUGGGGUCCUUGUCUCUGGAAAGAUUCUUUGAGAAGGCUCCCAAAUGUGGGGCUCCCUGCACCCUUGAGUGCUCAACACCUUUCCAUGUAGCCUGGAUCCUUGCAGGUCUGUGCAAUCCAGCCUGGUUCCUGGGCUUUGGUCUCCUGUGUGCCCUGGGCCUUUCUUCCAGUGCCCAUGCUGGAUUCGGUUCUGAUCACUACAUUAGAGGUCUUGGCAGCAGUGCUUGGUCCUCAGGUGGGCUCCUUGGCUCACCUGCCACUAAUGUCAGAGGCCACCUUGACUCGUUUGGCUGUGCUGGCAGGUGCUCCACCCACUUAGGUUUGGCUAGUUGCUUUCUUUCUGGGCCAAAUGUUUUUCUGCACCCUCAAAGCUGUGUACCAUAGGAACUGUUGGCCUAUUUCUGGCCCUUUCUCCAGCCUCCGAGCUGCUCCAUGAGCUCUCCAGAAAGUCACCAUUUUGGGAUCACACGAAGGAAGAGAACCUGCUUGAUUUGGACUAGCCACAUGUCAUUGGCACUGUACUUGCAGGUCCCCCUGAGCUGUACCAUGUAUCUACUCCAUUUCUCGUCAGUCCCUUCCUUCCCACCUGGCUGCUGCUUUGUCUUUUGCUUAUGAACCUGAAUUGAGGUCUAGCUCCCUGGGCCCUGUGUUCUGUAGCCCUAGCUGAUCCGAAGGCCCAUGGGGUAAUGCCGUGCUCUGUUCUUUCUUG